AUGGCCGAGGUGCAAAGAGAACAUGAGUUUACGCGGACCGCAGACGCAGUGAAUAAAUUUAUCAUAUCCACAACGCAGUUUUUGAACCGGUUUGCAGCUCAGUGCGACAGUCAACUCAUUGAGAUUUGUCGUUCGCUUCAACGUCUGGAGAUUCUCACAGUGCUGCUAGAAAACAAACUAAAAAGUAUAGAUGAUGACUUUGGCGAAGUGAAUGCGGCGACACCGUCAAUAUCGGCGGCUGCCUUCCCCCAAUCGGCGUCCAUCGGGGUCGGCGGUUCAACUCCAUUAGCCAUCGUGGAUCGUGAGGUCCCACCACCCAUGCCGGGUCUUUUGUCGGCAUCUGGUGGUCAUCACCAUCCACCACCACCACCACCGCCACCGCACCUGCAGCGACGCAACGGGCCUCCGCCACCACCCGGGGUAGCAAUUCAAACCCGUGUAAAUGGGAGCGCGGUUGUACCGAUUCAACCGCCGCUUCCUGUUCCCCCGAUGCCACCUUCUUCUUCAUUAGGCCAACUGCCGGUAGGAUCUUUGCCUCCACCGCCUCCUCCAAUGCCUCUUUUGGGGGGCUUUACAAUGUGCACACACCCUCGGUUACAAGGGUACUUUCAAAUGCUGGCGUUGCGUGUUCCGGUUGAGGCGGUGAAAGCCAAAAUGCAGAUGGACGGGCACCAGCCAGAGUGGCUGGACACUCCAGAUGCUGCAGCACCAACCACGAUACCCGUCACGAACAAGACACCGUACGACUCGGAUUGA